AUGUGCAACUCGAUAAUGUUCAUAGUAAUCACUCUUCUCUUUCUAGCCAUAUCAACCGGCGUCCACGCCGGAGACAUGACUCUAUUCGCCGGAGUUUGUGACGGUAGAAACGGAGACAAUCUCCCAUCUCGCGACCAAACAGUAGCUCUCUACCAAAAAAUGAACAUCGGUUGGAUAAGACUAUACGAACCUUUCCCUGACCUCCUCGAAUCAUUAGAAGGAACCAAUCUUCUCGUAGCGAUCGGACCAAAAAACGAACAAAUUAAAACAUUAGCCGAACAUUACGAAUUUGCAGUAUCUUGGAUCAAAACGUAUAUAGUACCAUACAACGUCGCUUUCAAUUGGAUCACCGUAGGAAACGAAGUGCUCCAAGGAGAGAUCGGUCGGUACGUGCCACAAGCCAUGAAGAAUAUGAAAGCUGCAUUAACCCAAAUCGGAAUCUCAAGGACCAUCCACGUAACCACGGUCUUAGCUACAACCGCACUAGCUAACUCUUAUCCACCAUCAGCCGGAAUAUUUAAACCGGAAAUAACGGAGCUUGUAACCGAAAUCGCAUCGGUUCUUAGCUCAACCGAUUCACAACUCAUGGUUAAUGUUUACCCUUAUUUCGCAUACGCGUCCGAUCCUAGCCAUAUAUCACUGGAAUACGCCACGUUCGGUUCGACUUCACCAGUCGUGACCGAUGGAAAUUACCAAUACACGAACAUGUUCGAUGCGAUGGUGGAUAGUUUCAACGCAGCGUUAGAGAAACUUAGCUACGGAGGAGUGAAAGUGUACGUGGCGGAAACUGGUUGGCCUACGAGAGGGAAUCCUCCGUACACGAGCGUGGAGAACGCGCGUGCCUAUAAUCAAGGGUUACUUAAGAAACUCACCACAGGUACUAUGGGUACGCCGAGGCGGCCCAAUGUUCCUGUGGUGACGUUUUUCUUUGAGAUGUUUAAUGAGGAUUUGAAGCAAGGAGAGGUUGAAAAGAGCUUUGGCUUCUUCACUCCUGAUAUGACUCCUGUUUAUGAUAUGUGGAAUGUAAUAAGUGUCUCUAGCUAA